AUGGAUGCAUUUAGAGCAUUUGAAAAUGAGUCGCUCUUGCCCAGUUCCUCUGGUCCUGCCAGCUGGGAUCCCUUCCGUCGUCCCUUGGACUCCAUCCAGCCCUGGCACUUCAGGCUUCUGGCAGCAGUAAUGUUGGUGGUGACCUCCCUGUCGCUUGCUGAGAACCUGGCUGUAAUCCUGGUAACUUUUAAGUUCAAGCAAUUGAGACAACCUGUCAAUUAUGUUGUAGUCAAUUUGUCUGUGGCUGAUUUCCUGGUCUCACUGACUGGUGGCACCAUCAGCUUUCUAACAAAUCUAAAAGGUUAUUUUUAUAUGGGAUACUGGGCUUGUGUACUGGAAGGAUUUGCUGUCACAUUUUUUGGCAUUGUUGCUCUCUGGUCUCUCGCUCUGUUGGCCUUCGAACGGUACAUCGUGAUCUGCCGCCCCUUGGGAAACCUGCGCCUGGAGGGGAGACAUGCAGCCCUGGGGAUUGUGUCUGUGUGGGCCUUCUCCUUCAUUUGGACCAUUCCACCAACAAUGGGCUGGAGCAGUUACACCACCAGUAAGAUUGGAACCACUUGUGAGCUUAACUGGUACUCAGGAACUUAUGCUGACCAUGCAUACAUUAUUGUGUUCUUCACCACCUGUUUUAUAGUGCCUUUAUUAGUGAUUUUGGUAUCCUAUGGAAAACUGGUGCAGAAGCUAAAAAAGGUGUCAGAAACGCAAGGCAGGCUCAGAACUGCCAGGAGACCUGAAAGACAAGUGACCAGAAUGGUGGUUGUUAUGAUCAUUGCCUUUCUGAUCUGCUGGAUGCCAUACGCCGCCUUUUCCAUCCUCGUCACUGCAGACCCCUCCAUCGAGCUGGAUCCUUGUCUGGCAGCAAUCCCAGCUUUCUUUUCCAAAACAGCUACUGUUUAUAAUCCAAUUAUUUAUGUCUUUAUGAACAAACAGUUCAGGAAGUGUCUGAUUCAAAUGUUCAGGUGCAAUGCCACAGGAAUUGCAGAGUCCAACGUGAACCCAACUUCAGAGAGAGCAGUGCUAACCCAGGACAGGGGAGGCAGUGAGAUGUCCACCAUGGCAGUUCGUAGCACCGCUUCUGAAAGGAAAAUUGGAGAUGAACAUGGAAAUUGCCAAUCCUUUGCUCAGUUGGCAUCUUCAGGAAACAGAAUUUGUCCCAUGUAGAGUGGGAGAUGCGAUGGUUAAUGCAGUGCUACAGUGUAUUUCAGCGUUACAGUCAACUG